CGUUAGAUGGUGCUCCGAACGGUCGAUCAGUUAUCAGUGAAGUUAUCAAAUAUCUAUCAUAAUAUGUAACAGUAAGGUUAUUUCAAUUUAUACUUGUGAAAAUGUAUUCUUGAUGUAAUUUAACAGUGUUGUAAGAAUUAUUGCGAUGGAGGUUAUACGAGAACGUUUAAGGGAAGCAAUUAAUAUAGAUAGAAAAGAGCAACGUGCUAUAGUGGUUAAUAAAAAUCGUCCUGCUCUUGGAGAGUGUAUAGAAAAUGUAUCUUAUUCUUCAGUAUUUGUUACAGAAAUGGCAAAGAAGCUUAAAAAGAAGACGCUUAAUAUUAACGAUUACCGGCGUUUGCAAAAUGCUUUAAUUCAGUCAGAAUUAAAUAUUGAAACAUUAUUAAAAGUUGAUAAUAUAUUAUUUGCAUUGGCACGGGAUAUUUCUGGAAACAAUCCAAUUUCACAAUUGAAUGCUACAAAUUGUUGUUGUAAUAUUGCUCUUGGUAAUACAAAGGCUUGUACAGCAGUAGCUAAACAUAUAUCUCCAUAUAUAAUAACAGAAUGCGAAAGUUUAAACCGUCCUUUAUUAGAAGUUUGUUUAUGGACUAUUGGAAAUUUAUCAAGUGGAAGUAAAAAAGCAUUUGAAAUUUUACAUGCACAAAAAUGUUUACAAUAUAUAAUUAUAUUGAUGCAUGAAUGUGAUAAUAACAUUCUUCCUUCUGUAAUAUAUGCAGCUUUGCAUUAUAUAUAUAGUGGUUUUUCUUCUAUUACGGAAACCGAAUUGGUAGAGCUUGCUGAAGCAUGCAAAAACAAAAAUUUGUUAGAAAAAAAUUCUGAUACUCUUUGGUUAUUGGCAUUAUUAUCUUCAAAUAUAGCAUGUAGCAAAUCUUUAUAUUAUGUGUUACCAUCUAUUGUAGAUUUUUUACAUCAGUCUGCUUCAAAUAAUUUUUCUAAUACUACUUUGAUUGCAGCGUGUUUACGCAUAUUGGCAAAUGUAUUGUCUAAUGCUUCUGAAGAAAUUGUGAACAUAUUUUUAAAGAAUCCUAAAUAUUCUCACUUGGAUGUACAAAUUUUAUUCAGAGGAUUAUUGUCUCAUUAUCAUAAGUAUAUAAGAAAAGAAACCAUAUGGUUGUUAGGAAAUUUAUACAAUCAUGCAUCUUCAAAUAUUAAUCAAACAAUCCAAGAUAUCAUUUCAUUUUUACCACCAUUAGAAGAAAUUAUUGCAUCCACAAUGGGAUAAUAUAUAAAUUUUACAGUAACAAAAAUCAAUCAAAGAAGACUAAUACUUUGUUUUUACUGGAACAAAUUGCUUAUCAGAUUCUUGAUUCCAUUGGCUUGAAAUAUCCUCUAUACAUGGCACUCUUAUAAUGUUAAAGUAUAUAUUGCCCAUAAUAUCAGCAAUUGAAUUUUGUGUAGCUUUCAAACAAGUGUAAAAUAAUUCAUCACAAGUACAAUGCGAUCUAAAACAGAUGAGACAAAAAAUAAUAUGAGACAAAAUAAUGACAUGUCAGUAUUAUAAAUCUUAUACGCGUUUGUAUAUAUUAUUUACUAUUAUUUAUAUGCUAAAAUAUAUAAUUAUUUUUUAAAUACAUAUAAAUCAACAUA